UCAUAUAAUUACACAACUUAAUAUUGAAGUUACCAAUGCGUAUUUUCUCGCAUUGAAAAACAUACGAAUAACUAUUUGUGCAAAAUAGUUUAGUUUUCCCUUUUAAAUUUUAUAAAAUUGUUUCAUUCGUGUUAGAUUUAGUUUGGUUCCUUGUAACCUAUACGUACACAUACACACACAUUCACAGAACGAUGGAAGAAUACGCACGUGAACCUUGUCCGUAUCGUAUUGUCGAUGAUUGUGGUGGUGCAUUUGCUAUGGGCUGUAUUGGCGGUGGUGUAUUUCAAGCGAUAAAAGGUUUUCGAAAUGCUCCAUCUGGAUUCAGCAGAAGAAUGCUUGGCAGUUUGCUUGCAGUAAAACAUCGAUCGCCGAUUAUUGCUGGAAAUUUUGCGGUGUGGGGUGGUAUGUUCAGUACAAUAGAUUGCACAUUAGUUCAUUUCCGAAAAAAAGAAGACCCAUGGAAUUCGAUAAUCAGCGGUGCUGCUACAGGAGGCAUACUGGCUGCACGAAACGGUGUACCGGCAAUGGCAGGCAGUGCACUUAUCGGAGGUGUUCUAUUAGCUUUAAUCGAAGGUGUUGGCAUUUUGUUUACACGAUUGUCGGCCGACCAAUUCAGAAAUCCAUUACCACCAACAGAAGAUCCAUCCGUUUUGGGUGAUGCUACCCAAAACAAUAACAACAGUAAUUCAGCUGGUUCAUUUUUCGGGCUCGGUCAGUCAACACAAUAUCAAUAAUAAAUUUCACAAAGUUUUUAGACAUCAUAAACAAAUUGUAUUGUUGUUCAAACAAAUCAACAAUUGUACAUUUACUUUAAUAAAUCAGAAAGAAAAAACCGUUAGAAAAUUGUUGCAAACAGACAAAAAAAAGUAAA